AUGUACACCUGGAAAAUUAUUAUGGAAUUAUUUGGUGGAUUCAGUAUUUAUCACUUAAUUUUUCUUGCAAAUGAAUUGAACGCAAUUACUGCCGGUCCGGUUUGUAGCAGAACGUUUAGUGAACAGGACAUGGAGAUACAGUCCACAACCCAUCGGGCUUCCAGUUUGCUAUGUUGUGGACAGGACAUGAAGAUGCAGCCGACAGUAAUAACAAAAGAAAAGAAAUUAAUGGAAUUAUUGACCUCUCUAAAGAAGCGGCAUUCCAUUUGUGAGCCACAGCAAAGUCUCAUUCAUGAAAUUGAUAAUGGUGCAGUAGCAAGACAAUCACUUAUUAAUUAUUCAAAUCUUUUCCAAUCAUCCUUGGGUAGCAGACUGGUCAAAUUCAUGUUAGAGAAUGGAGCAUAUGAUUAUGGCCGACCAUUUGUGCUCGAAGAUACCAGUAAAUAUUAUCUUGCAAAAUUCAUUUCGAAAAAUUUUAUGAAAUCCUGUGAUGAUAUGUAUUAA